AUGCUCAUGAUACUUGGGAUUCGUUUUGCCAUGAAUAUAGCAAUAUGUGACACUGCAGGUCAUACCGCUGCUUAUUUGCAGUUCGGAAGAGAACUUAGGACGACGGAUGACGUUAAUCACAAUUUAAGAGCACUUAUUGAAAACGGAAACUUUGUUGCUGAAAUUACGCCGUAUCUGAAAGAAUUCGCUCGUUUGACACUUCAAAUUAGGGAGCGUGUCGAACAAAAACAUGACAAAAGAAAGGAAUACUUUGAUAAAAGACGUAGACAAACUUACUGUCAGCCUAGUGAUAAAGUAUGGAUAACUAUACAUCCAAUCAGUAAACCCAUACACAAGAAAAGUAAAAAAUUUAUGCCUAAACGCGAAGGUCCGUAUCUAGUGAUUACUAACAGAUCUCCCACAACAUAUGACAUUGCAGAUCCUGCUACUUCUGAUCAAGUGUUAGGUACUUAUCACACCAAUAUGAUGAGACCAUACAAACUGCCUCCAUCGAAAGACCAAGGUCCUGUGACUCCCAUAAGGAAAAGAGGCAAACCUCGCAAAAUUGAACUAUCGAACACGGACUCUUUGCCGGGACGUCGUCAGAGCCCGAGGGGGAGUCUGUAA